AUGGCUGCGUCCUCGUGCAGCGCAUGAGUUUUCUCUCUACUUACAUCGACCGAACGCGUUUGCUACAGAAUAGAAAAAAGCUGGCUACCUACCUAGCCAUUUGUCAGGAGGGCAGCUAAAUACAAAAGCUGUUUUGGUUUGUCUUCAUCGUCUCAACCGCAUUUUCAUUUGAUCUCCCCGUCUUCAGCUUGCAAGCCCUGGGGUGAUACCAAUGAAAAUGAAGGCGAAGAAAUUACAACACAAGGGAAAGGAGGUCAGAAAUGGGACCAAGCCCACCAAGCGUGGGAUUUUGGUGAAGGGAAGUUGGAAGGCAGUGGAGCUGGACCCCUCUCUCUUCUCUGAGGAGGACAUGGGAGGGCUGGUGUGCUUCGAGGAGCUGACGGACUACCGCCUGGUCAACUCUGCAAAGGCAGUAGCAAAAGCUGGAACAAAGGGGGAGAAAGAAAAGGAGAAGAAAGGCAAAAAAAGAAAAGCAAGUGAGGCAGUGGAAGGAGAGACAGGUGGAAAGGAAGCAGGGGAGGGGGGAAGCGAGAGCAAAGAGGAGUCAACACAACCUGCCAAAAAAAAGCGCAAAAAGAAGAGAAAGGGUAAAAAAGAGGAACAGAGUGAUACCCCAACUGUUGAAGUGGGAGUUCUUGAGGGGGCAGAGGCUGAGAAGCCUGAGGAAAGUGUGGCACCAGAACAGGCUGUGACUCCAGAGGAAGAUUCUCAAAUGCAUCCAACAAAAGGAAAGAAAACAAAGAAGAAAAAGAAGGUCAAGAAGGAGAGAGAUCAGGCAGUGCAGGAACCAGAAACAUCUGAUAACACUGCACCACCUGCAAAGGCUGCUCCUCCUUCAAAAAAGAGGGCAAAAAAUUGGACUAACGCUGCCCUUUCUGGAGCCUCGGGUAUGGAGACCGACGUGUCGGCGUGGAAGGAUUUAUUUGUCCCAGAGCCGGUCCUUCAGGCUCUAGGUGCUCUUGGAUUUAGUGCGCCUACACCCAUUCAAGCUCUAGCCCUACCACCAGCCAUCAGAGACCGUAUGGACAUACUUGGAGCAGCUGAGACCGGAAGUGGCAAGACGCUGUCAUUCGGAAUCCCCAUGAUCCAUGCCAUUCUAGGGUGGAGGCAAGCUCAGGAGAGAAAGAGUGAGGGGGUGCAAGACCAGGCUAACCCUGGGACACAAGUGAAGAGUCUUUACCUACCUGAGGAGCAGCAGUCUGACGAGGAGCCCUCCACAGCUGGCACAGAGGAGGAGAAGGGUGUCCAAACAGGAGAAGCAGAUGAGGAAGAGGUCGAACAAGGGGCCGGCGAGGAGGACGCGGAGGAAGCGAACGAGGGUGAGGAACAGUACACGCAAGAAGGGGACACCGAGGAGGAAGAGGACACACAAGAAGGGGACUCCGAGGAAGAUGAUGACGACGACUCUCAGAAGCUGGGGUGUGUUAAAGUCAUUGAGGACAUGGAGUUUGACUUUGACACCGCUGGUAAGACCGAAGUGCCAGCCAAUCAGAAACAGCCUUUGCUGGGAUUGAUCCUCACUCCAACCAGGGAGCUGGCCGUCCAGGUGAAGCACCACAUUGACGCUGUGGCGCAGUUUACAGGUAUCAAGACUGCAAUUGUGGUUGGUGGAAUGGCUCCACAAAAGCAGAACAGGGUGCUGAAUCGCCGGCCCGAAAUUGUGAUUGCCACACCAGGUCGUCUUUGGGAGAUGAUCAAGGAGAGGCAUCCACACCUCCUGAACCUUAAGCAGCUCAGAUGCCUUGUGAUCGAUGAAGCGGACCGCAUGGUGGAGAAGGGCCACUUCGCUGAGCUGGAGAACCUGCUGGAGAUGCUGAACGAGUCUCAGUUCAGCCCCGAGAGGCAGACGUUCGUGUUCUCGGCCACCCUGACCAUGGUGCACCAGACCCCCACCCGCAUACUGCAGAAGAAGAAGGGCAAGAAGCUGGACCAGCGCAGCAAGCUGGAGAUCCUCAUGGAGAAGGUGGGCAUCAAGGCCAAGCCCAAGGUCAUCGACCUGACCAGGAAGGAGGCCACGGUGGAGACCCUGACGGAGACGCGCAUCCACUGCGACAAGGACGAGAAGGACUUCUACCUCUACUACUUCCUCCUCCAGUACCCCGGGCGCACCAUGGUGUUCGCCAACAGCAUCGACUGCAUCAAGCGGCUAAACUCGCUGCUCACCAUCCUGGACUGCACCCCCCUGCCACUGCACGCCAACAUGCACCAGAAGCAGCGCCUCAAAAACCUGGAGAGGUUCGCCGAGAGGGAGAGCUCUGUCCUCCUCACGACGGACGUGGCAGCCCGAGGGCUGGAUAUUCCCAAUGUUCAGCAUGUCAUCCAUUACCAGGUGCCACGAACAUCAGAGACGUACGUCCAUCGCAGUGGCCGGACAGCACGCGCAACGAAAGAAGGUCUCAGUUUACUUCUGAUUGGCCCAGACGACAUGAUGAACUUCAAGAAAAUAUACAGGACACUUGGCAAAGAUGAAGACCUUCCCAUGUUUCCCAUACAGACCAAGUGCAUGGCCAUGAUUAAGGAGCGUGUCAACUUGGCAAGAAAGAUAGAGAAGAUUGAGUUCCACAACAGCAGGGAGAAGCACCACAACUCCUGGUUCAAGCAAGCGGCAGAAGCGCUGGAGGUGGAUCUGGAUGACGACGUCCUCCUGGGGGGUAGGAAGGAUGAGGAUGACGAGAGGCAGCAGCAGAGGAUGGUGAAGGGGAUGAAGAAGCACAUGAAGCACCUGCUGUCUCAGCCUAUCUUUAAGAACGUGAUGAAGACCAAGUACCCGACACAGAUGGGAAAGCUCUCCCUGCCCGAGCUCCCCCUGGCCAGCGUCAGGACUGCUCUGGACUGCGUCGCCAGCCAGAAGCACAAACAGAAGAAAAAGAAGAAACAGCAGCAACAACAGAAACAAUGACUUUAUUACUGUUAGAAUGGAUCCAUUCUAGAUGUGCGUUUCCACUUGAGUU